GCGGCCUGGGGGGGGCGACAGCGGGGCCCGGGGGAGAGACCCCCGGUAACGGGGCCGGGCCCGGGGGACACCCCCAUAGAUUUGGGGCCAGGCCCAAAGGGGAGCCCCACGGCGGAGGGACCGGGGCUGCAGAUCCCAAGCCUGGCCCUGCUGCGGACCCCCAGGCCGAGCACCACCGGCCUGGCUGGAGCAGGCUGCCCUGUGCUGGGGCGGUCGGGCCUGGCGAUGUCCCUUGGAGAGCCGGUGCUGUGGCCCUCGGGUGCUGAGCGGUGCUGUCGUCACGGAGGAGACCCCGGCGGGAGUCGGAGCGGAGGUGGGAGCUGCCCCCCAGGAGCUGCGGUGCCUGCCCUCGUCGCUGCGCUGGCGUACUGCUACAUCAGGGACCACCUGUCCAAGGAAGAUGCUCUGCUGGAAGCUGCGAGGAUCAACAACGUUUCAGAAGUCAACAGGUUAUUGCUGGAAGGCACAGACGUGAAUGCGAGGCACAAGCUUGGCUGGACUGCUCUCAUGGUGGCAGCUAUCAGCAGAAACUCCAGUGUGGUGAAGAUCCUGCUCGCAGCUAACGCAGAUCCAAACCUUGGAGAUGAUUUCAGCAGCGUGUACGAGACUGCCAAGGAAAAAGGCCUCCAUUCUUUAGAAGUCCUUGUAACCCGGGAGGAUGACUUCAACAACCGCUUGAACAUCCGAGCCAAUUUCAAGGGCUGCACAGCUCUACACUACGCAGUAUUGGCUGAUGACUACCUGACGGUCAAAUUGCUGCUGGAUGGAGGUGCCAACCCCCUGCAGAAGAACGAAAUGGGACAUACACCCCUGGAUUAUGCCCGUGAAGGGGAGGUCAUGAACCUUCUGAAAGCGUCGGAGACAAAGUUCCAGGAGGAGCAGCGCAGGAGGGAGGUGGAGGAACGCCGGAGGUUUCCACUGGAGCAACGGCUAAAAGAGCACAUCAUCGGUCAGGAGAGCGCAAUAGCAACGGUGGGAGCAGCUAUUCGGAGGAAAGAAAAUGGCUGGUAUGAUGAGGAGCACCCGCUGGUCUUUCUUUUCUUGGGAUCAUCUGGAAUAGGUAAAACCGAGCUCGCCAAGCAGACAGCCAAGUACAUUCAUAAGGAUGUCAAAAAGGGUUUCAUCAGACUGGACAUGUCGGAGUUCCAGGAGAGGCACGAGGUCGCCAAGUUUAUCGGCUCUCCACCUGGCUACGUGGGCCAUGAAGAGGGCGGGCAGCUCACCAAAAAGCUGAGGCAGUGUCCAAAUGCUGUGGUGCUCUUUGAUGAGGUUGACAAAGCCCACCCAGAUGUCCUCACCAUCAUGCUGCAGCUGUUUGAUGAGGGCAGGCUGACGGAUGGGAAGGGGAAAACCAUUGACUGCAAGGAUGCCAUCUUUAUCAUGACCUCCAACGUGGCAAGCGAUGAGAUUGCACAGCACGCUCUGCAGCUCCGACAAGAGGCCAUGGAGAUGAGCAAGAAAAGGAUCGCAGAAAACUUAGAUGAUGUCCAGAUGACCGACAAGAUAACCAUCUCCAAGCAGUUCAAGGAAAAGGUUAUUCGCCCCAUCUUGAAGGCUCACUUCAGACGAGAUGAGUUCCUGGGGAGGAUCAAUGAGAUUGUCUAUUUUCUCCCUUUUUGCCACUCGGAGCUCAUCCAGCUUGUCAACAAGGAGCUGAAUUUUUGGGCCAAGAAGGCCAAGGCAAGGCACAACAUCACCCUGCUGUGGGACAGGGAGGUCAUGGACGUGCUGGCUGACGGCUACAACUUGCACUACGGUGCCCGGUCUAUCAAACACGAGGUUGAGCGGCGCGUUGUGAACCAGUUGGCAGCUGCCUACGAGCAGGACCUGCUGCCGAGGGGCUGCACCUUGAGGAUCACGGUGGAGGACUCGGACAAGCAUCUGCUGAAAACCAAGGACAGCUCUUCCCCUGGAGCGGAAAAAACAAAGAUGCCCACCCUGCGGUUGGAGAUAGUGGAGAAAGACAGCAAAUCCCGAAAACUGGACAUCCAAGCGCCUCUGAACCCAGAAAACAUUACUUACUUCUUGUAGGCAGCAACGAGCACUCCUGGAGCACACUUUGCCCCAGCAGCUGCCUGCGGGUAGCGCGGGCUGACAAUAAAAUACCGCGAGACUCGGAAGUGUGCAAUGUGGCCAUGUCAGUGAGGGCAGGCAGUAGGUAGGGCAGGGGCAAAGCUGUGUUCCUGCUACCUCCGCUGCCUGGAGCCAGGCACGGGCAGGCAGGAGCUGCCUGAUCAGCCUGCGCCUGCUUACUCUGGGGUGGGCGCAGAGGGCUCUGGAGCUGUAGCUAUGGGUGGUGAGGUGCCACGCUGCCAUUCAGGAACAUAUAGGUGGAGGGUCCUGGGGUUUCACUUGGCACAAGGGAAAGCAUCGAAGCUUUUUAAGAAAGGGGAAAGCAGAUUUCAGACCUUAUGGGAGCUGGGGUGUCCGGCUCCGGUAGGAUUUGUCAUUCCUUAAAGAGGAGGCUUGCU